AUGUCAUUACAGCGGAAGAGUCCAACGAUCGCCUCUCACUCGCGCAUUCCAAGUUACUUGACGAGCGUGGAGAGCCGUCUCGCCAGCUUAGAGCAUGUCUUCAAGCAAAUGCUUCCAGAUGUCGACAUUGAUCGAGCCCUUUCUGCAGAUAGCCGCAGGCGGGAGGCCCCUGAGCCGCCAGCACCACACUCCCCACUACCAAACACAACGACAUCCAGCGGCGAUGGUAACGCCAUGACGGAAGCCAUGCCGGAUGAGUCUGAUGGCUUUGAUUGGCAAGAAGAUAUUAAUGCUCUUGCGGACGGAAUGGCAUCACUGUCUGUCGAGCCCAGAGGCGCAGGAUACCUAGGCUCAACCGCAGGCGUGUUUUUCCUUCGCUCGCUGCUGGCUCUGACUGGGCACACGAAACCGCUCCUCGAGAACACGCCCAGAGCAGACGAACGCUUCAGCGCCGUUGCGGCCUCCUCCCAACUGUCCGAGGUGAUCGCCUCCAGGCAGGUUAUCGAUCGGCUCAUCGAAAGCUAUUUCUCGAUAUACCACCGCGCAUAUCCGUUUGUCCACGAGCCUACCUUCAGAGCUCAGCUACACGAGGUCAUUCCGCGGCCGCAACGGCGGUCAUGGCUCAUGCUGCUCCACACCAUACUUGCACUGGGCGCUUGGUGCUUCGACGACCCCCAGGGCGAGCUGGAUGAUGAUCUCUACCACCAUGCCCUAUCCUUCGGCGAAGACGAGUCUCUGUUCGAAAGCGCCAACCUCGAGUUCGUGCAGGCUCUCGUUCUUCUGAGCAACCUGAGCCAGAAACGGAACAAACCCAAUACAGGCUCUAAUUUCUUAGGGCUCGCCACUCGCAUGUCCCUCAGCUUGGGCCUUCACCGAGAGCUGCCAGGCUGGCGCAUCAAUAAGUUGCAGCGGGAGAUGCGUCGGCGAGUUUGGUGGGGUCUCUACAUAUUUGACAGCGGCGCCUCAACCACCUUUGGGAGGCCAAUUCUGCUUCCAGACACAGAAGCUAUGGAUGUUCGACCAGUACUUAACAUUCACGAUGUGAGCCUGACAAGCAGGACGACGGAACUGCCCGUGGAAGUCGAUGAGCCGACGCUGUACUCUGGUCUGAAGAUGCAGAGCCACCUCCACGUCCACUCCAACUUCAUCUCGAAUCGAUUGCUGUCGUCCUCGGGCAUAUCUCCCGAGAGUGCGCUCUCCAUGGAUGCAACGCUGAGCAAGUGGUCCGAGUCGCUACCCGCGUAUUUCCACUUGGAUUAUGACGGGCCCUCCGCCGGGCCCUUCUUUCUGUUCACCAAGUCACGGCUCUGGUGGCGGUUUUGGAAUCUCAAAAUCAUUCUUUUCCGACCUCUAGUGCUGCAGCAAGCUGUCAGCAAGAGCAGAGGGAACACUCAAAUUACUUUCAGCUCGUCUGAUGAACGGUGCAGAAGCGUCGCCGUUCAUGCCGCCAGCGCAUCAAUCGCAUCCAUCAACCACUACACCAAGCACGGGGACAUCACCAGGCUGGUUACGUGGUAUUCAAUUUUCUUCUUGUUCCAUGCGUCCCUAGUGGUUGCACUCGUCAUGAUCGUUGACCCGGAGUCGCCCGAUGCGCCCCAGUGGCAAGUCCAUCUUGAUACAGUCCGCCAUAUAUUUCGCCAUGUCUUUGCCAAGGAUCAGCUGGCCGCUCGCUGUGCCGCCAUCCUCGACGAAAUCCUAAUGCCCGGCUACUUCACUGGGUCAGACGACUUGCCAACCGUUGAUCCAGACUCCUGGUCGAUGAACUUCUCCACGUGGCCAGCCGAACCAACCGAUGACUUCUUCAGCUUCCUGGGAUGGCCCGGACCAGAAAACUUGGAAAUGUAG